CGGCUUUCUCACCCCGCCGCUGAGCCUUUGUUGGGGUUGGCCCAGGGGUGCAAGUGGCCUUCGGGGGCCUCCUGAGCCGAGGAGGCUGAUGGGCCCUCACCCAAGCCUGUCGUUCCAGCUCUGGAGCGGGGCAUGCUCACCUUCCGGAGCACCCCUCGGGUUCCCACUUAUGUGCUCACCAUCUGGGUGAUUCGAGGGCGGGGGUUGUGGGGUGGGAGCCGUUACUGGCCCUAGAAGGAGCCGCUCUGCCCCUAGGCUGAGGACGCUGACCUGUCAGUCCCUGGCCGGGUUUUUGACAGGAACACCGUUUUCCAAACUGAAGCUCAGGCACGAAAGUGCCCCACUCUCCCUAAAUUUUUUGUUUUCCUUGGUACCCUUAACACCACUCCUAGGUGCCCAGUCCCCCCCCCUUCCCGCCCCCCAAAGUAUCCCGUUCCUUCAAGGUAUCAUUUUCCCAGCACCCAGUGCCUUUCUUACUCCGUCACCUUUCCUCCUUGCUUCCCCUAUCCUGCCCUCAUCCUUCUAGUGUUCCUUCUCUUAGUAGUUAGAGACAGUCUUUGGGUGAUGUCUUUAACUCAUUUGUGCAGAAAAUUUGAUAGGGAUGCAAAUAGCACAUGUGACCUGAUCUAUGUGAGUAGGAUGAACACCACCAAGUCCUGGCAAAGCCAGUACCAAGGGCAUCCCUUGGCACUUGAGAAUGGUAACUAGGGAGGGAAGCUUAACCUUACUCACCAGAACUGACCUCAAGGCCCUUGAUGUGCUCCCAGGGUGUGGAAGCAGGCUGAGGUAUAAUGGGAAUAAGCAGGUAAGAGACAGGCCCAGCAUGUUUAGGGAGCAUCCUGAUUACUAGGGUUGAUCUCUGAGGGCUGAUGCUGAGGACUUAAAAGUGCCACAUAGCCUAGAGUGGCCUCCAGAUUCCCAUUUCAAACGUUGGAGAUUGAAGUCAGGUUUGGUUGGGCUAUUGGCAGAUGCUCAUUCCUGGAGUCCUUCAUGAACAGUUGUUUGUCUGUACACUGAGGCUAGGAAGGGGGUAGUACUGUUGCCUCACAGGCAGGCAGGACCUCUAGCCUUCUGGGCACCUGACUACCCUUCCUUUGAUACUAGGGACUCUGUUUCUGUCUGCCAUACUUCAAACCUGUCAAAUACUCAUCCUCCCCCUACCAUCAUGUGAUUUUACUGUGUUGCCUUGAACUUGUAGGUUUAAAUGAUCUUCCUGCCCCCUAGCUCCUGCGAAGCUAAGACUACAUACAGGUUUAGGCUACCUCACCCGUUCCUGGAACUGUCAUUUCUCUGGAGCCUUUUAGUCCCAGUUUGUUUGUUUGUUUGUUUCUUUUUUUUUUCUUUUUUGGAGACAAGGUUUCUCUGUGUAGCCCUGGCUAUCCUGGAACUCACCUUGUAGACCAGGCUGUCUUGAACUCACAGAGAUCCACCUGCUUCUACCUCUGGAGUACAGAGAUUAAAGGUGUAUGCCACCACUGCCCAACUGAUCCCACUUUCUUAAGUUGAAGCCUAACCCUGGAACUUUGGCGGAAUGAACCCUGUUUUGUGAGCUGUUGAGCAGGGCUGGCCUAGCGUAGGAGUGUUGGCUGAGAGUGGUACCCAUUACUGGGUCUGUUCUUAGCUGCUCAGACAGGUAGAAAUGGAUGGAGCCAGGAGAUUUGGGGUGAAUUUGCUCUGGGACACCUGGAAAGCAAGUUUUCUGGAGCUCUGUGCCUGAGGGAAGACAUGACUUGACCCCCAGAAAGCAGCCUCGUACUCCAGGAUGGACUUGAGGUCAGAGCAGAUCUGUUAGGGAACCUGGUUUCUAGCUGCAGUUGGCACACUGAGAACCAGGCCUCCUCCCCAGCUCUGCCUUGGAAGUGGGAGGUAGGUCUGUACUCCGUAGAAUGCCUCCCCGUAAUCAGGAGCAGGAGGCCCACCGGAUAUCAGAUCUGGGGGCUUGGGGCCUUCCCAGCAGACCUACAUGUUGAGGUGUGAACUUAGGAGUUCAGUUUAGCAGGAAGUCCUCCCAGCAAAGAGAGGCAUGCUGAGGGGGAACUGGAAAUGUCUGUGGUCUCUGUCCACAGCAGAGAAGCAUUGUGGGUGGAAUUCCCCAGGCCCAUGUGAUGUAGAAGGCCCCUGUGGGUGCCUCCCCCCCCCCCCACACCUGCCCUGUUCUCUUCUCCCUAACUCUGCAUUUCCUAGAUCAGAGGCUCUCAAACUGUGGUCAGGUGUGUUAAACAUGCAAGGCUUAGGACCCGGCCUGUCCUGAUGACCCUGGGUGGGGCCAGCAGCCUGUCUCACCAGCUGACUGGAACGCUUUGACAUUGAGUGUUGCCGCCUUAGGUGACUUGAAAUGAAGCAAGAGCUUACUGGCUGCCUCUCAGCCAGCCUGGUUCCCUCCCUGCUUGGGACAGCAGAAUGAUCCUGGCCAACCAAAAAGCCCACUGGUUUUUCUCGCUGGGAAGGGUGUUUGCUACUGGUGAUGUGGUUUUGUAAUUAUGUAGUUAAUUUUGUUUUGAGAAAGGGGCUCACUAUGUAACCUAGGCAGGCCUUGAACUCAUGACCCUUUUGCCUUUGUUUCCCAGUUGCUGUGAUUUCUUGUAGGCACCACCACACUAGGCUAGUCUAAAACUCAUCAUCUAGUCAAAGCUGCCCUUGAACUCCUGAUCCUCAUGUCUCUACCUCCCCAGUGAUAGAGUUAGAGGUGUGGGCCACAUACCCUGGUUUGGCUAAAUGUUUUAUUGUGAGAUAAUUGUAGCUAUAUCUCGUUGUAAGAGACAUCACAGAAAGAUUCCUUGUAUCUCUACUCAGUUUCCUCCGAAUGGUAACAUUUUGCAAAACUGUAGUAAAAACAUCACUCUGGGACCAGCACAUUGCUACAGUAAGGAGCAGCCUUUCAGUUGUGGAUUUAUAUUCACACCCAUCUUCAUUCUGCUGAAGUUACAGACACAGAAAGAUCAUCCUUCCCACCCUUCAUUUAAUCCCCGGCCACCGUUAACCUGUUUAUAGUUUUCAUAAUUUUGGCAUCUGGGCUGUGGGUAUCCUGCACUGAUGUAAGUAUCCUUUCACUGAAGGACACCUGGGCAGCUUCCAAUCCAUGGCUGUGACAAACAUUCAUUUAUACGUUGGUCUCUAAACAUAAGUUGACGUCUCUGAGCUACAUGCCCCAGAGUACAGUUGCUGGGUUGUACUGUGGUAGCUACAAGCUCAGAUUUAUAAGAAAUGGCCAGACUUUUCCAGAGUAGCUGUCCUUUCAUUUUACAUUCUCAUGGAGAAUGCAUGUGAGGUCUAGUUUCUCCUUGCCAGCGUUUUAUGAUGUCACUUUUUAUCUUAGCUUUUCUUCUUUAAUCUGUUUUCCUGACAAGAUGCUAAACACUUUUCCUUGGGUUAUUUUACCAUUUAUGUUUUCUUUUAAAGAAGUCUAUUCAUGUGUUUUGCUGAUUUUCUAUUUGGAUUUUGUUUUAAUAAUUUAAGCCAGGCAGUUGUGGCAUAUAACUUCAAUCUCAGCACUGCGGAGUCAGAUGGAUCUUUGUGAAUUUGAGCCCAGCUUGGUCUACAGAGCAAGUUCCAGGGCAGCUAGGGCCACACAGAGAAACCCUGUCACAAAAACAAUAAUACUAAUAAUCAUUUGAUAGUAUGCUAUAUAUUUUAGGUGCUACCUCUUUUGGAGCAGGUAUAAACAUUUUUUUCCAGCUUAUAUCAUAUCUUAUAAUCCUUUUAGCAAAUCUUUUACAGAAAAGUUUUUAAUUUUAUUUUAUGGAUCAAAUUUAGAUCCUUUUCCAGUUUUGUAUUUUACAUUUAAACCUAGAGCCUGGUUCACUUUGGUAUAUGGUGUGAAUCGGUUGUCGUCGUUGUUGCAGCAGUGAGAAUCAAACCCAGAACAUGACAUGUGUAAACGCCAAACAGGUGCUCUGCCGUUGAGCUACAUCUGUAGAUGUUCCCGCCCCAUCAUAUUUUGUGUCUGAAGUGUUUUGUUUAUUGAUAGAACUCUAGCUGCCCCUGCACCACUUGUUGGAGAUGGCCUUUUCCCGCUGAGCAUUUGUGUACUGCUUCCCAUGCUUCUCUCUUCCAUUAAGUCAUGCUUGACUUCGGUUACCUAUUUCCUGACAUGCACAUGGUUGUCCCAGACCCACAUGUCAGGUCUUGGGAGCAGUUCUUCCCACCAGAUCACCCUCCCAAGAUCCAGCAGUAACAACAUAGAUGCCAGCCUCUGCUGCCAAGCUGGCACAUUCUGUCUCCAGCUACCUAGGCAAGACUUCUCGUGAGCUAGAAUCAAGUCUAGUUGCCUCUGAAGGCUGGGGGACAGAUGCCUGUGGAUGCAGUUUCUGUGCCCCUGAUUAGGUCUCUUCCCUGGUAGCCUGGUGGUGCUGGGUGUGGGAAGGACCCUUGGGAGCCUAAGGCUGCCCAGGCAGGGCCCAGUCACAGUCUCCUUUUCUCUCUUUCUCUCACCUGUUCUGGGGCUUUGUGUAUAGACGUGCCCUGCAGAGCCUCCAGGUCUGUACUGAGCCUUGAGUGGUCAGCACAAAGAAAUAUUUGUUCCAGAGCUGAGUGGGUGCUGGCUUACCCUCGCUCUCCUAGACAGAGGCUUGAAAGAGCUGCCAGCCAGGGGCUGGGUUGGCGCCUGUGUCCUGUGUCAGCCGAGUCGGUACAGCCGCCCUAAGGCCAAGCUGGUGGAUGGACUGCUGUUGUACAUCUGCUUCCUGACUUUCCCAGCCUCCGCCUCAAAGAACACUUAGGCUCUGCUCCUUCUCAGCCGGAGCAGCAACUCCCAGAUAAAUUCCAGCGCAUUGGGCCUGUAGGCUGCUCCAUCACCAAUGAACCCCAUGAACCCCAUGAAACCUGCCCUGCCCCCUGCACCACACGGUGAUGGUUCAUUUGCAUAUGAGUCUGUGCCUUGGCAACAAAGUGCCACUCAGCCAGCUGGGUCACUGUCCGUGGUCACUACUGUGUGGGGAGUUGGCAACGCAACACAGAGCCAGGUUUUGGGGAACCCCAUGGGCCCUGCAGGAAGCCCCCCUGGUGGCUCCAUGAUGCCUGGUGUGGCAGGUGGCAGCUCUGCCUUGACCUCCCCGCAGUGCCUGGGACAGCAGGCGUUUGCCGAAGGCGGUGCUAGCAAGGGCUACGUACAGCAAGGCGUGUAUGGCCGAGGGGGCUACCCUGGGGGAUCCAGUUUCACUCCUGGGUAUGCAGGAGGCCCUGGAGGCCUGGGGCUCCCCACACAUGCAGCACGGCCCUCAACUGACUUCACACAAGCAGCAGCUGCAGCUGCCAUGGCUGCUGCUGCAGCUACGGCCACAGCCACAGCCACAGCUACUGUGGCUGCCCUGCAAGAGAAGCAGAGCCAGGAGCUAAGCCAAUAUGGAGCGAUGGGGACUGGGCAAUCUUUUAACAGCCAGUUUCUGCAGCAUGGAGGUCCUCGAGGGCCCAGUGUACCCCCUGGCAUGAACCCUUCAGGCAUGGGAGGAAUGAUGGGCCCCUCAGGCCUUUCCUCCAUGGCCAUGAAUCCUACACGGGCAGCAGGCAUGACACCCUUGUAUGCAGGACAGCGACUGCCUCAGCAUGGCUACCCUGGGCCUCCCCAGGGGCAGCCGCUGCCUCGACAGGGGGUCAAGAGAGCCUACUCAGAGGUGUAUCCUGGGCAGCAAUAUCUGCAAGGAGGCCAGUAUGCAGCCAGCACUGCCCAGUAUGCUCCUGGUCCCGGGCAGCCCCCUGGCCCUGCCUCCUCCUACGCAGGACACAGACUCCCCCUGCAGCAGGGCAUGGCCCAGUCCCUGUCUGCCCCUGGCCCCACAGGACUGCAUUACAAGCCCACAGAGCAGUUCAACGGGCAGGGCGCCAGCUUCAACGGGGGCAGCAUCAGCUACAGCCAGCCUGGCUUGAGUGGGCCUUCCCGCUCCAUCCCUGCUUACCCCAGCUCCCCACUGCCGGGGAAUCCCACACCACCCAUGACGCCUAGCAGCAGUGCUCCCUACAUGUCCCCAAGCCAGGAGGUCAAGUCUCCUUUCCUGCCUGACCUCAAGCCAGGCCUCAGCUCCUUGCACCCAUCACCCUCUGGAAGCGUCCCCUGUGACGAGCUGCGCCUGACCUUCCCAGUUCGGGAUGGGGUGGUCCUGGAGCCCUUCCGCCUGCAGCACAACCUGGCUGUGAGCAACCAUGUCUUCCAGCUCCGAGACUCUGUGUAUAAAACCCUGAUGCUGAGACCUGACUUAGAGCUGCAGUUCAAGUGCUACCACCACGAGGACCGGCAGAUGAACACCAACUGGCCGGCCUCGGUGCAGGUCAGCGUCAAUGCCACACCCCUCAGCAUCGAGCGUGGAGACAACAAGACCUCGCACAAGCCCCUCUACCUGAAGCAUGUGUGCCAGCCGGGUCGCAACACCAUCCAGAUCACCGUCACCGCCUGCUGCUGCUCCCACCUCUUCGUGCUGCAGCUGGUGCACCGUCCGUCUGUCCGCUCUGUGCUGCAGGGUCUCCUCAAGAAGCGCCUCUUGCCAGCUGAGCACUGCAUCACCAAGAUAAAGCGGAACUUCAGUAGCGGCACCAUCCCUGGCACCCCUGGGCCCAAUGGAGAGGAUGGGGUGGAGCAGACGGCUAUCAAGGUGUCCCUGAAGUGCCCCAUCACCUUCCGCAGGAUCCAGCUCCCAGCUCGUGGUCACGACUGUCGCCACAUACAGUGCUUUGACCUGGAGUCAUACUUACAGCUUAACUGUGAGCGGGGGACCUGGAGGUGUCCGGUGUGCAACAAGACGGCAUUGCUGGAGGGCCUGGAGGUGGAUCAGUAUAUGCUAGGCAUCCUGAUUUAUAUUCAGAACUCAGACUACGAGGAGAUCACCAUCGACCCCACAUGCAGCUGGAAACCAGUGCCUGUGAAGCCUGACCUACACAUCAAGGAGGAGCCGGACGGGCCAGUGCUGAAGCGCUGCCGUACUGUGAGCCCUGCCCACGUGCUCAUGCCCAGUGUGAUGGAGAUGAUUGCGGCCCUGGGCCCUGGCGCUGCCCCCUUUGCCCCAUUGCAGCCCCCUUCGGCCCCUACCCCCAGCGACUACCCCAGCCAGGGUUCCAACUUCCUGGGGCCUGGAACCUUCCCAGAAUCUUUCCCAUCUGCUACACCCGCCACCCCAAACCUUGCUGAGUUCACCCAGGGGCCACCCCCAAUCUCCUACCAGUCUGACAUUCCCAGCAGCCUCCUGACUCCAGACAAGUCUGCUCCUUGCCUCCCAGGCCAGAUGGCACCAGCAGGUCACCUGGACCCAGCCCAUAAUCCUGGACCACCAGGACUGCACACUCCCAACCUCGGGCCCACCCCAGGCACCCAGCUACACCAUCCAAACCCUUCCCCUGCAUCCAGGCAGCCCCUGGGCCAACCAAACACAGGGCCCAUCAGUGAACUGGCUUUCAAUCCUGCCACGGGCAUGAUGGGGCCUCCCAGCAUGACUGGGGCAGGGGAGGCCUCAGAACCAGCUCUGGAUGUAAGUAAUCAGUCCCGUGGUGGUGGGGAAGCCAUUGGUCCCUGGGUCUACACACCUGGCUUCAUAGAAGGGAUGACAGCGAACCUUCAGGAGGGACUGUCUCGCAAGGGCAGCUGUUCCACACAGGUUGGAUACUUGGAAUAGCUAUAGGGUACCAGGUACCCGUGUGUGGUUAAUGAGUGACCUGCCCUUAGAGGCUGCCUUUGGAGCCUGGGUGUGUGAAGCUCACAGCACUGUUCCCACAGCCCAACUUGAACUAGGCACUUACUCAGUUCUUCAUCUUGACAACAUAGGCAGUUUGUGAGCAGAGGCAUGAGUAUGUGUGUUCAAUGUCCUUGGACCAUAAUAGAAACUCUCUGAAGUUCCACAUGAGGAAGAUGAGGAGCUGGCCAGAGCAAAAAGCCCCAGAGGCAUGGGAUCUUACCACCUGCUGUGGGCCCUGGGAAUUACACUGGGGAUCCCUUCUCAGGCCUGUGCAUCUCCAGUGCCACCUCAUGUUGCACUCACUGGCUCCUGGGGACCAUGUCUUGAGCUACUCCUGUAGCAACCUUCUAUGGGGAGAUACAGGCAGCUUCACACAACCAGAUGGCUUCACUCAGGCACCCAGCAUUUGGCAGGGGAAGGGCGGUUUAGCAUUCCCACUGGGCCUGAGGCCAGGACAGCAUGGCCACUAAACAUAAAGGGUCUGAGACCAAAGCCACUAAUGUGUUUGCUUUGUCCUCAGCUGCUCCCAGAACUGACCAAUCCUGAUGAACUACUCUCCUACCUGGGUCCACCUGACCUCCCCACAAACAGCAGUGAUGAUCUGCUCUCACUCUUUGAGAACAACUGAUCCUGUGUUAACCCCUGGCCCGGCCAAGACACACUCAAAGAUACCACCACAGCCUUCCCUCCUCACCCAGCCCCACAGGCUGCCUGCCGGUUCUCCCUGAAUCUCCCAAUGCACACGCCCCGAGCUGGGGCCUGCCACUGCCAGCCCCUGAUGAACUGGAAGCAGCUCUGUGCUCCAAGGGGCCCCAGGCCAGUGGUCCUCACACCCUUCCUCCGUCAAGCUCUGCUACAGAAUGGUUCUGUCUCGUGAGGUGCCCUGCAGGCCCCCACAGCCCCAUGUGCACAACCCUCUGCCCCAGACUCAUGGCCUUGCACUCGUCCUUCCACCCUGCCUGCUCCUACCCAGCCUGCAUCUUGUCCAGCACUGAUCCUUCUGUUUCUGCUGCUCCUCAGAAGAGCUGGCUGGUCGGCUGGCUCUGUACCCUUGGUCUGCAGCUCCAGUGGCCUGAGCCUGGCAGCCUCAGAACCUUACAGAGCACCAGCCAUUGGGGGCUUGGUGCUCCCACCCAGCUGAAUCUGGUUCAGGUGUUCCUCCCUCCACCCUGGGCUUCAGGCAGAGGCUGGGGUGGGAGCAAUAAAGCACAACAAUGUACAUAGUGUAGAAAUGCUAACAGCUGGGAAGGGAGGACAGCUGUUUAAGUCAGCGCUCCUCUGUGGACUGGCCUGCGCCCUCCAUGUGCUGUCUGCCCCCUGCUGAGCACAGACAGCUCAGGGGGAGGUUCAACUCCUCUAGGGGUGGACAUUCAGACUCAGCUCUAUGUAAAUUCUCCUGUGAGCUGCUCCCCCAAGUUUCUCUUUUCUGUGAAAGUGAAGAAUUAGUACAGCUGUGUUUUUUAAACCACCUCAUCUCCACCCUGCGGCCCACACCCAGGUGGGGGAGGCCAUUGCAUCUGCUGGCAAAGCGCCUGGGCCUGCAAGCAGGGUGCUGGCCUGUUGUGUCUGUCUGUGCAAUCUAUUAAAGGACUCCCUCUUGGUGGGC